UAAAGAUUCUGAAAGUUUAAUGUAGGCAUUGAAGAAAUAACAUGGAAACUUAAUAUUGCAAGAUUUUACUAGAUAAUGUGACACCCACAUUUAUUAUAUUAGUGUUUCUCAAUCCUGGUCCUCAAGGCCCACUGUCCUGCAUGUUUUAGAUGUUUCCCUGCACCAACACACCUGAUUCUAAUUAAUGGUCCUCAUUAGCUUGUCACCAAGGUCUGCACAACUCUGAUGACACAGGUACUUGUAUCACGGUGUGCUGAAGCAGAGUAGCAUCUAAGACAUGCAGGACAGGGGCCCACGAGGACCAGGAUUGAGAAACAGUGCCAAAAAGUGAUUGCCUGCCAGAAUCUGAUUUCUCCCCUGAAAAUGGGUCUUUUUACCUGCCAAAAAUUGAUUGAAGCCCAAAUACAGUUAAUGAAAGGUUGUUUCUACCUAAAUAUGAUUUGAUCUCAUUCUUGAGCUUCAUAAUAUAAACACUAGAGGUCACAGGAUUGCUCUUAACCCUUUUAAAGGACCAUUGCAACACAAAAUAGGCAUUUUCACCUGCCAAAAAUGAUUGAAGGCCAAAUACAGUUAUGAAAAGUUGUUUCUGCCUAAAUAUGACUUGAUCUCCUUCUUGAGCUUCAUAUUCUGAAAAUCUAUCGUUCAACGGGCUGCUGUGCGCGCUCCCGCGGCCAGAAAUCAAGAAAUCAGAUUCUGGCAGGCAAUCACUUUUUGGCACAACACCGGCAUUAACUGUAUAUUUAUGCAUUUUCUAUUUAGUUUGAACCUUGAGUCGCGUUUUGUCCCACUCCAGCUACCGUAGAGUUGUAACGGUAUCAUAGCAACCAGAAAUUAAACAUCCAGGGGGCGAAAAGUUGCGUUUUUGGAGAGUUGAGGUUUGUUUUGGUCAAAAACUAAGCAUUUUCUGAAUAAUUUAAUGUGGAUUUCAUAAGAGAAGACUGUUGUGUACCGUAGAUUCGUGUUUAGGUUACUGUAGGUUUAAAAGAGAAGCAGAUGGACCAGCCUAAGCAUCGCAUUUAUGUAGAAAGAACACUGGCAAUCGUGAAACCUGACGUUGUUCAUAAAGCCAAAGACAUCGAGGACGUUAUACUUCGCUCGGGCUUCACCAUACUACAGAGGAAGAGACUGCAACUAAGUCCAGAGCAAUGCGGCAAUUUCUAUGCAGACGACUAUAGAAACCCCUUGUUUCCCAGUUUGACAGCCUUCAUGAGCUCUGGCCCUAUUGUUGUCUGGAUGCUGGCACGUGAGAAUGCUGUUGCCCACUGGAAGUCCAUCAUAGGGCCCGCAAACAUCACGAAGGCCAGAGAAACUCAACCAGAGUGCCUGAGAGCACAAUAUGGAACUUCUGAUGUGAGAAAUGGACUUCAUGGCAGUGAGUCAUUUCAUGAUGCUGUGAGAGAGAUUGAAUUCAUGUUUCCAAACUCUGUUAUCGAGCCCUUCGUUUCAACAGAAGCACCUGGAGAAUAUCUGAGCAGGUGUGUAAACCCAAUUCUGCUACGUGGACUCACUGAGCUCUGCAAGGAAAAGCCACUCAAUCCCUGUAUUUGGCUUGCUGACUGGCUGAAAAAAAAUGAUCCAAACCAGCCUCAAAUAUGUUGUGAAAACACUGCAGAAGACGAAGAAUGACAUGAAAGAAGAGAACCACAGAGGAACACGUAUUCAAUAGUUUUUGUUUAGUUCAAAACUAAGAUUAAAUGCUGUAACCCACUUUUUAAUCUUUCCACAUGAAAUAGCCAAUUGAAAUAAAGGCUUUUUAUAUUUGAA